UAAAUUUAAUAAUAAUAGAUAUAUAUAUAAUAGAUAAUAAUAAAUAUAUACAUAAAUUUACGAUUCGCAAUCAACAGAUUUUGCGUUCUCAAGAAUUGAUUUUACUCAUUUCAGUUUGAAAGAAUAUUAAAUGGCGUUGUUUUUUUAUUCCAUACAAGUGUAAGGGGUAAAAUACGCACGGAAGAGAUAAUUUUAAUUCGCUAGGAAAUAUAUUUUGUACGGAAUUAUUGAUUUUUUCUUCGAUAAUUAAUCUCUAAUUUAAUCUCCGAUACCAAGAGGUAAAUGCCCUCUAUGUCUGAUAACUCCACGUGACAGAAUUAAUUGAUUUCCGUAUCUGCAGCUUUAUAAAAUUCAAGUUGAUAUUGCUUUAAAAAUGUUUCUAUCUGCAGAAAGUGAUCUAAAAAAUAUCGAUUAUCUGAAAAUCUGAGGUGAACACUCUUUUAUCCAUGGCCGUCCUCCUGCAAAAUUGUUGCCCUCCCACCUUAUUCGUUUCCUUUAUAUAGAGAUAUUUGUUAACGAUUACGCUAUAGUCUCUUACUAGUUGACAGUUCGUCCUAACACGUUUUCGUAACGAUGGAAGUAUUAUUUUUAUCUACUUUAGAGUUAUUGUUCAUCUCUUUAAUCAUCAUUACUUCGGCGAAGUUGAUUCCGAUAAUAUACCGACAGUUCACCUAUUGGAAGAAGAAUAAAGUUCCAUAUGUACUGGCAGGACCGAUAUUUGGAACUGUUUGGAGAGUCAUAUUUCGUCGUAUUACUUUCCCGGAUUAUUGUAUGUUCGUCUAUAAUUAUUACCCUGACGUAAGGUACAUCGGGGUGAUGGAUUUCGCUACGCCAACGGUGGUCAUACGAGAUCCAGAGCUGAUCAACGAAAUAGGCGUAAAGAGUUUCAAGCAUUUUCCAAAUCAUCGAAGUUUCGUAUCCGAGGAGAUGGAUCCGAUUUUCGGGAAAAAUGUAUUUUCCUUGAAAGAUGAUCAAUGGAGAGAGAUGAGGAACUCAUUGAGUCCAUUUUUCACAGGCAAUAAGAUGAGAUUCAUGUUCGAGCUGGUAUCCAAGUGUUCGAACGAUUUCGUUAGUUAUCUGUACGAACAUUCAGAAUUUCACUCGAUGGUGGAGAUGAAAGACAUCUUUACUAGAUACGGAAACGACGUAAUCGCCACAGUUGCAUUUGGAAUAAAUGUAAACUCGCUCAAGAAUCCAGACAACGAGUUCUACAAAAGAGGAAUCGAUAUUUCCUCGUUCAGUGGUACGCUUCGUUUAAUAAAAUUCAUGUUAUUUCGGUUGAACCCGCGUCUAACGAGAAUGGCAGGACUGAGGUUCCUGUCUCGAGCAACGGCCAACUUUUUCUGGAAUGUGAUUUCCGAAACGGUAACUGCAAGGAAAACGUGGAGCAUCGUUAGACCAGACAUGAUCCAUCUUUUGAUGCAGGUCAAAGAUUUGAAGCAACCCUCAUAUCGGCUGACCAUCGACGAUAUCGUAGCUCAGGCGUUCAUUUUCUUUUUAGCCGGUUUCGACACUGUUUCUACUUUGUUGUGUUACAUGGUUUACGAGUUAGCUUUGCAUCAAGAUAUUCAACAGAAGUUACGUGAAGAAGUAGAUUAUUAUUUGGAAAAAGAAAACGGGGAAAUUUCUUACGAGGCUAUGUCGAAGAUGGAAUAUAUGGAAAUGGUAAUAUCCGAGACGCUUAGAAUGCAUCCUCCAUCGUUGAUAGUCGAUAGAGUUUGCGCAAAGAAAUUCGAAUUGCCUGCAGCGGCGCCAGGUUACCAAAGUGUGACAGUGUAUCCUGAUGACAAUAUUUGGAUCCCUGUUUAUGCGCUUCACCGCGAUUCUAAAUAUUUUCCCGAUCCAGAGAAGUUCGAUCCUGAACGGUUUAGCAACGAAAAUAAAAGUACUAUUAAUCCUUAUACGUAUAUACCUUUUGGACUAGGUCCUAGGAAAUGUAUUGGCAAUCGUUUCGCUUUAAUGGAGACUAAGCUUUUGAUAAUCCGUCUGCUGGAAAAGUUUAUUAUAAAACCUAACGAAAAAACAACAAUUCCUAUUGUGUACAAGAAGAUUGAUUUUACACCGGCAUCAGAACACGGAUUUUGGCUUACUUUGGAGAAGAGGAAGAGUUAGGAUAUGGGUUUCUCUCUGUAAUCAUUUUCUUCUAUCUUUGAGAAAACAAAGUUUGAUUAACGUUCUUAUCGAAAGGUAUCUAAUCACGUUUGUAUCUUGCGACUAAUAAAAUUCAGCAAAUAAUGAAAAUUUGAUUAUAAAUAAAGUUUCCGUAUAUGUGA